CCUCACACCCGGCUCUUCCCUCCCGCGUGCUCGGCCAGGCCCUCCCCGCCCGUGCACCCCUGUUAGCGGCGCCAGGUGGUGGAGGCCGCCGACGCUCGUCGCUGAUUGGCUGUUGCCGGGCGGGGUGUGGUGGUGGCGGGCCCUCCACCUUCGCGGGUCUCUCGGUCUUUCCCGCCAUGUCGGUUGUGGGGAGUGAGAGAUCUUUGGCCUCGCGCCAGCGUCGCUUUGCUAUCCCGGCCGCUGUGGCUAGGCCUGUGUAUUCCGACUUCACUCGGGGGGACGGUUGGGGUGAAGGCGAGGUCGACGGAGAGCAGGGGUGCGACCCGGUCGCCCGCGACUUGCGGUCCGCCUUCUCGACCGGGGCGCUAUUGGAGCCCAGGAGCGGCCGGCUGCUCCCGGUGGAAGGAGACGGCUCGCCCGUGCUGCCCGAUAAGCGCAACGGCCUCUUCCCGGUGACUGCGGUCGGCCACGCGCGCGCUCGCCGGUGGCCCGUCCAGGUCCUCUCUAUUCUCUGCUCGCUGCUGUUCGCCGGCCUCCUUGCUUUCCUCCUCGCCAUCGCCUACCUGAUCGUUAAAGAACUGCAUGCAGAAAAUUUGAAAAAUGAAGAUGAUGUAGAUACUGGACUGUUAGGAUUCUGGACUCUGCUUAUAAUCUCCCUCACUGCUGGAUUCUCCUGUUGCAGCUUUUCUUGGACAGUGACUUAUUUUGAUUCUUUUGAACCAGGAAUGUUUCCUCCUACUCCUCUUUCACCUGCCAGGUUCAAGAAACUGACUGGACAUUCUUUCCAUAUGGGCUAUAGCAUGGCGAUUUUGAAUGGCAUUGUAGCUGCUCUUACUGUGGCUUGGUGCCUCAUGUAAACCCACACUGGAGCAAUGUUGUUGCAAGUCGUGAUUAUUUUAUAACAGAAAAAAACAUUAUUGCCUACUCAGAAGACUACAGAAUCAUUACAUGAUUCACAUAUAGAUCAUCAUCAUCAACAGUAUGGAAUUCUUUAUCUAGAAAUGUCUUGAGUGUUUCAAAUACUUUCUUAAAAAUAUAAGAUGUUUACCUCAUCUUUUUACUUUUGUAUAUGUACUUUUUAUCAAUUGUCAAAAACAUUUUUAUGGAAAUCAAACUUGGAAACUUGAAUACAGGAUAAUGGCUACCUUCCACACAUACUCAGUGUUUGCUAACAAAUGCUGAUAUUACUGUUUGAGAUAGAAAUAGUUCUUAUUUACAUAUUGCAUUAAGAAAACAGUGCUGAGGCUGGCACCUGGGAGACAGAGUCUGUUGGAUCUCUAUGAAUUCUACACCAGCCUAAUCUAAAUAGUGAGUUUCAGGCUAGCCAGAGAGAAAGAAAAGGAAGGAAGGAAGGGAAGUCUUAAUAUUUUAUAGAAGCUACUUCAUCUAUAUUUCUUAUAGAGUAUACUUAUAAUGAGUUUUAUAUAUUUUCAUAAUACAUAUUGAAUUUAUGUUUUUAAAGUUAUUACAUCUAUACUUGAAUGGCUGUAAAUUUUGUUUCGAAGCUGGUUCAAACCUGCCAUGUUUACUGUUUUGUCUUUUAUAAAAAACACUGUAAAGCACGGUGAAGUUUAAAGUUAAGUAAAUUUAU